AGCGUUCAGACGUAAGCAAGCGCCAUCUAGCUCAUGCGCGAAGCAAGCAACAGGGCAAUAAUGCGGUUACGGGUUGCGGUAAUGCCGUUCGUCAAAGGCGCAGAAACAGAAAAGGCGCCAUAUUGCAUUGAGUGUCGCUCGUGAGAAACUUAAAGCGCGACAUCGUAGUCGAUUUCGUUGUGUUGCGUCUGGUUGCGUGUUAUCAUCGUAGAUAGUUGACGUCUCGUUGAUUUUUAACGUUUUUUUACUUAAUUUUAAGCAGUUCACAUUGUCAAGUUCGACGACCAUUGUGAGAGCCGUACGACGAAGCAUUGUUGUUGAUGAAAAUAAAGAGCUACGUUUAAAAUGUUUUGAGGAACUAUACACAGUGUGAAGAUUACAAUUGAACUUGGUGGUCCAAAAUCAAAUUUUAAGGUGUACUAGCUUGAAAUUAGAGACAAACACAAGAUGUUUGGACAAUCAGGAAAUAAUUCUUUUGGUUUCAACGCCACAGCACAGAGCAGUCCAUUUGGACAAUCAGCCUUUGGGAAAACCAUUGCGACUACUUUUGGUGGUACCAAUGCUCCACCGGUCUUUGGCAGUAACACAUCACUUUUUAAUAAACCAGCUGGCUCAACCUCUGGAAGCUUAUUUGGCCAAACAACAACCACAUCAGCAUUUGGUGCCCCAAGCACAGCAGCUCAGUCAACUUUUGGCUUUGGAACUACGGCUCCAGCUCAAACUAUGUUUGGUCAACAGCAAAAUGCAAACACAAAUAUUUUUGGAACUACAAAUACCUCAACAGCCUUUGGACAACAAAGCAAAUUAGUAUCAUUUGGAUUUGGACAGAACACUGGAUCUAGUCUCUUUGGACAACCACAGCAACCUGCUCAAGCAACCCCAUUUGGACAAACUACAAAUACUGCAAGCACUGCUUUAUUUGGCACUACAACAGGUUUUGGUAACACAACUGCUGUGACUGGUACUGUUGUCAAAUUCGCACCUAUAACUGGAACAGAUACCAUGGUUAAAAAUGGAGUUACACAGACCAUUAAUACAAAACAUCACUGUAUCUCAUGUAUGAAAGAAUAUGAAACAAAAUCAUUGGAAGAGUUGCGUCUUGAAGAUUAUACAGCUGGACGUAAAGGACAGCCACCGGGUAUGUUUGGAGCUACAGCUCAGACAUCUCCAUUUGGUGGUGUAGUAUCUAACACUGGUUCCACUAACACUGGUUUCGGAGGAAUGACUACUGGUUUUGGUACAACAAGUCAAGCUGGAACCACAAGUCUAUUUUCAAAGUCAUUGACAGGUUUUGGUGCCCCUGCUACUACAACUAGCGCUUUUGCUUUUAGCAAUACCAAUAAUACCACAACCAACAUUUUCAAUACGCAAGCAAAACCAUUUGGAACUACUGCUGCAACGCCACUAUUUUCUACAAGUAACACAGCAACUACCCAAAAUACUACUUUUGGAGGUAUUGGUACGCAAAAUACUGGCUUUGGGACUUCAUUUGGAACGACACAACAACCGAAUCAAAGUAUAGGUUUGUUCAAUCAGAAUAAAACGACGUUCAACGUGCCGGCAUCAACGGCUACGACAUCUUUUGGAUUUGGUCAAACAUCUCAAACGAAUACUGGAGGCAUGUUCGGCGCUAAAUCCAUGGGAACUAGCUUUGGAACUACAGGUUUUGGUACAACUUCAACUCCAGCAUUCGGGCAAACAGCAGCUACUCCAUUUGGUGCCCCGCAAAAUACAAAUACAUCGUUGUUCAAUAAUAGUUUCAAACCUGCAGGUCAAACGACUGGAUUUUCGUUUGGUAGCACACCUGCAGCCUCUACAGGCCUCGGAGCAACAGGAACGUCUUUGUUUUCUGCUACCUCAAAACCGAGUCUUUUCAAUGCUACUGGUACCGGCUCGACUUUUAAUACUGCAGGCGGAUUUGGCACUGGAUUAUCUGCGUUCGGUACAGCUACUAACAACAUGUCAACGCUUGGUACAAAUAUGUUUGGACAAGGACUUGGAACUGCUGCUCCUCAACAAAACACUGGCUCAAUUCCUGUACAUCAGCAGAUCUUAGCACUUGUAUCAGCACCAUUUGGCGAUUCACCACUACUUAAAAAUCUCUUGCCUGCUUCUGGAAAAAGCGAGCAAAUUACAAAACCAUCGAAUUCUAUACCCAAAGGAAUUGUCCGUCCUCAGUACAAGGUUUCAACAAAUGGCAGUGGUUCAAAACUCAAACCAAAGUAUGUUGCUGCAGUUCCUUUAUCAAAGAAAUCUCUUUUUGAUGGUCUAGACGAAGAAGAUCCACUGGUAGAAGCGUUUCAACCUCGCCCCAAUGCCAAACGUUUGGUUUUGCGACCUAAAGUGAACAAUCUGACUGAGUUGAGCGACAAAGUUGUACCAUCCGAAAGAACUCACGAUUUGAAUGAGUCAGUCUCCAAGAUUACCGACAAAGAGAAUGAAAUUCAAGAUUCAAGUAGCAGGCAAGCGAACGAUAGAUUGUCUUCGAAUUCAUGGUUGAAAUCUAGUCUUCCUCGACAACCAAAGGUCGUUGAAGAAUCAAACUCACCGCAAAUGUCAUCAGCAACGCCCAAGUCACCUGGAGGAACGACUGAGGAAUUAGAAAACACAGUAGUCGAAUUACGAUCGCCGACACAUUCCAAUCAGACUGCAGUCACUAAUGAAACCCUCUCGAAGGAAAUCCUAGAUUCAGAUUUGUCAGGGGAUAGAAGUAACUUGGAAUUGAGUCUCAUGCAUGACAACAGAAUGUCUUCUGAAAUGGAGGAAACAGCUGUUCAAGGAGGCGAUCAACCAAUAACCAACGAAGCAAACAUCAAGCUCCAACGUUACGGUUACUACACAAUACCAGCGCUAGAUGAGUUAGGCAAAUACGUAAAGGAUAAUACUUGCGUAGUGCCACACUUCACAGUGGGCCGCAAAGGUUACGGGAACGUUCAUUUUCCGGAUUCGUUCGACGUUUAUGGUUUAAAUUUGGAUGAAAUAGUCCAUUUCAGAUACAAAGAAGUCAUCAUAUAUCCGGACGACAAUGUGAAACCCCCAGUUGGUCAAGGAUUGAACCGUAAAGCUCAAGUAACACUGGAUCGAGUUUGGCCAAUCGACAAGACAACUCACGAGCCUAUAAGCGAUCCAGAACGUUUGAUCGAGAUGGAUUAUGAAGCGAAGCUGAGAAGAGUAUCAGCAAAACACGGAACGAGAUUCUUGGAAUACAGACCAGAAACUGGUUCGUGGGUGUUUAAAGUAGAGCACUUCUCUAAGUACGGUUUGAGCGACUCCGAUGACGACGAACCAAAAGUUGACGCAACCAAGCCACCAGCGGUCAAACAAUCGCAAUACUGGAUGCGACUUAAAGGUUACGACAAAAGUGUGAAGAAACCUGGAGAUGUAGAGUUUACCAAGGAUAUGCCGUAUGUUACAUCACCAUUGCCAUCGCUCAACAACUUCGACAAGAUGCCUUAUAAUUUUCAUAAUAGAAGUGAAGACGUCAACAUGACCGAGCAACCGUCAACCUGGAGCCCCACGUCAGUGAACGCUCGCCUACUGGGUACGGAAAGUCACACAUUGCAAUUGAUGAAAGCCAGUUUCUUCGAUAUGACCGAAGAUCAAUUUCUGCAGGAUGCUAUUCAGGAAACGCAGAAUCAACUGAGAAAGAGAUGUAAAAUCAUUGAAGCCGAUAAAGUCAUAUCGAUGUCGCAGGAGAAUCUGAUCGAGCAUUUUCUCGAUUCGUCUAUGACUCGUAUGGACAGAUCAGAGCUUCAUGAGCUUCCUGUUAGUAAGAAAAUGGCUGAGAUCGUGCCGAUGGAGGUGCAAACUAUGAAGACCUUGGCGACAGCAUCCAAGGAGCCGAAAGGUUUGUGUCCUCCGGUAAUACGUCCGAAAAUAGCAAUAGUAAGAUUCAAACCUGGCGAUGUGUUGUUCAGUCGGUCGUCUAUAAUCAGGAAUCGUCACGAAUACAUUGCCGAUAUGGGUAUAGAGAGAGGCAAAAUUUUUCGACCGAGCUGGGGUCCGGAGAUGACGUUGUUGUCCAUCGACAUCAAGCGAAGCACGAAUACUUUGCAAAAAACAAUAGAUGGUCAAGACACAUUCAUGACCGACAAUUACUUUGACGAGGUUUAUGCGUCGAACUGUGUGAAUCGUCUACAGGUACUGAGUAGUAGUCCUCUCGAAGCUGAUUACAUUCAAAUCUUCAAAGCCAGCAUGGAAGGUCAUUUGGACAUCCAAUUGAACUACUCGAAAAUCGAGGAUCAUCCAGUCUGUCCAUUGGCCGUUGCAGUCUCAGGUGAGUCUAGCGUGUCAGCACUUCACGAACACGCUAAUGAGUCAUUAAGAGUCGCCAAAUUUUUCGAGACUGAUUCGACGUUGAACUACUUCUGCGUCGUUUGGAAACUCAGCGAGUCUCUUUGGGGUAAGCUACCCGGCAAACAGCAGAAUGCCAUCAACAGCGCCGAUCACGAAGUGAUAAUGCUAAGGAAAGAAGCUCUCGGUGAAUGGCUCAAAUUUGCCACUGCAGAGACAGUCAAAGAUGAGAUAUCCAGCAUGGAAGCAACCGAUGACAUUAUCCUUUCACUUCUUAGUGCUAAUAAGCUCGAAGACGCCUGCAAGAGAGCACUCAAAGUCGGCGAUCAUUGCCUUGCAGUCAUGAUGUCACAGCUCGGUGGAAGUUCACCUGUUCACGAGUUACUGAAACAACAGAUUAAACUUUGGCAAGAUACAGCUGUUGACAGUAACAUGGCUAUGAACAGAUUCAAACUAUUUAUGUUAUCAGCCGGUAUACCUGUGACCUCGGUGCAGAACGAGACGGUGAACGUAUGCGAGAAUCUCGAUUGGAAACGAGCACUGGCUAUGCAUUUAUGGUAUUUGUGCAAUUCAACGGCAUCCAUCACGGACGUACUCGAAACUUAUGAAAGUUCCUUCUCCGAUGACUCGGCUUAUUCACUUCCGCCGCGACCAGAGUACUUCAAGAGUGACUUCGAGACGGAAUUAAGCAGUGGUAAAGCCAUGUACGACCUUUGUUUUUUGUUGCUCAAGUUGUACUGUACCGGAAAUUAUCCACUAGAGACGAUCCUUAACCCGCAGUCAUAUACUUACGACCCACUUGAUUAUCGCCUAAGUUGGCUGUUACAACAAGAACUGAGUUCGUUAGGUUAUACAUAUCUGUCAAACCAUGUGAAGGCAUUGAUUCACUCCAAUUUUGCCGCUCAGUUGGAAACCUACGAUCUGUGGCAUUGGGCCAUCUUCGUUGUGUUACAUUUCAAUGACGCGGAACAGCGAAGAAAGGCUGUGAAUGAUUUGCUACUGAGACACGUGCAGCUGGACAAGACCAAGGAUUACGUCGAACGAGAGACUUUCUUGAAAGACAAACUCAAAAUACCGGCAACUUGGAUCUGUGAAGCUAAAGGAAUCAAAGCCUCUGCUGACAAGAGGUAUAACGAGGCUGCUUGGUAUUUCAUUCAUUCGAAAAAUUGGAACAUUGCGCAUGAUAUCAUUUUUGAACAUCUGGCUGCUGAUGCUAUCAUCAACGAAGACCAUGAAUAUCUUAAGGGUCUGCUGAGUUUACUUACAACGUCCGAAGGUUGCAAUGUUAUUAGCGGAUGGUCAAAUCAAGGUCAACUAUUGUGGGAUUAUAUGACUGUUACUGCGGAAAUAAAGUCUAUUUUGGACGAGAAAAAUGUCACGAAUUUAAGUUACAAGCUCGAGUUACUGCAACCGGAGCUAACGUCACUAUGCACAAAAAUUGACACAUUCCCAUGUCCUACAAUCAAGCACGUAUUAUGCCAAGCAGAAAUGGCUAAGAGGACAUUACAGUUGGCAAGGAGUGUACUGUUACUGCAACCUGGAGAAAACAACGCGAACGAAUUGUUGAUCUAUUUGAUUAACAAACUACCUCUGCCCGAGGACUAUGCCCAACAGGAGCUACGACCUAUUAUGAAUACGUCCCUCGACGCCUUUUAAUAUUUUGUCAUUUCCUCUAAUUCUUCCUUAUUUUUUAAUGUACUAUCACAAUGUAAUUUAAGUUCUUGUGUACAUUAUGGAGAGUUAUAGUUUCGUACUGCAGUUACUUUUUACAAAAAAAUAAGGAUUCGCGCGUGAUAUAAAUGCUGCAGAAACAGUUGUAUUGAAUAAAAAAAUCAGUUAUAGAU